UUUCGUUCUUCCCUUUUGUUCCCCAACCCUCUCCUCCCCUCUCCUAAUCGAAACUCCUUUUUCUGUAAGAUUAGAGAGGAAGAGAGCGUUGCAAAUAGACGAUUUUGACCUCUGAUCGUUGGCUAUGGCGGCGCCGGAAGCUCCCGUUUGCUAUGUCGGAGUUGCCAGGAAGUCCGCCGCCUUCCGUCUCAUGAAACAAAUGGGAUGGGAAGAAGGAGAAGGCCUAGGCAAGAACAAGCAAGGAAUCAAAGGAUAUGUGAGAGUUCAGAACAAACAAGACACUGCAGGUAUCGGUACGGAAAAGCCAAAUGAAUGGGCGUUUGACACUGCUCAGUUUGAUAGCAUACUUAAAAGAUUGAAAGUGCAAACAGCUGAAACCAACAAUGAUGAAGUAAAAGAGAAAAAUGACACGGCAACAGGAAAUUCUAAUGGCGAACAAGAGACUGUUCCUAAGGUUACUAGGCCUCAAGGAAGAUAUAAGAAAAGGGAGAGAGGAAAGCUUGUGCAUGCAUAUUCAUCUCAGGAUCUUGAAGGAAUUCUCGUCAAAAAGACAAAGACUUCUCAGACAAAUGAUGAUCAGAAGGUACCAGAUACAGUGGAGACAAUUAUUGUUGCCGAUGAUUCAGGGAAUGAAGAUCAAGGGGUUCCACCGGAAUGGUGGGGCUAUAAAAAUGGAUUCGUCUCAGGAGGAUUUCUUGGAAGUCAAGCUCGGAAAAAAAAGUCAUCAUCAUCAGACAAGAUGCUAGACUUCAGUGAGAGGACCACAUUCCAUGAGGAUGAUCAAGAAAAUCUUUAUAAUCUUGUUCAAAACACAGCCACAACUGGAAAACAAGGACUGGGUAUAAAGGACCGGGCAAAGAAGGUUGCUGGGUGCUACUUUGAGGGGAAAAAGACGUCCUUUGAUGAUAGCGAUGAUGAAGAUUCUUCUGAGUCAAACCCUCCCAUGAAAGAAGAACAUGAAGAAGUCAGUGACCUAGUCAAAAUUGAUGAACCAAAAUUGAAGCUGAAGAAAUUGUGUAAACGGCUGUUGAAACAGGCACCGGGGAACUUGUUAAAGCUGAAGCAACUUAAAGUGCUAAUUGAUGAACAAUCAUCAGAUUUUUUCUGCAAUUUCACUAAAAAAGAGUCGCUUGCGUUUUUGAAGUGCAAGCUUGAAGGCAGUGACAAGUUCGCAGUGGAGGGAAAGAGGGUGUCUCUUUCUUAAAGAAGGCUGAAGGAAUUUCGCCUUUGCUGAGAUUAGCUGUAACGAAAUGUAGAUGGCCACCGAUACUAGGUUCACAGUAAAUCAAGUUCAUUUUGUUUUUGCUGAGAUAGCAAGGAGCACAGCAUUGCGUUUUUGGGAGUACAACAUUUAGGCAGUCAUUUCUUCACCCAGUGACCUGCCCUUUUUUUUUUUGGGUGAUAUUUGUCUGUUAUAGGCCAAGGAAUAGAGGUCAGUAUAAGUUGUAUUAUGAACAGAUGCACAAUUAUUCGAUUGUUACACAUUUAUAAUUUGUUAUUUCACCAAUGAAA